UGGUUUGUUCUCCCAACGAAAAGAAAUACCAAAUCAAAAGCACCGGAAAGCAAAAAAAACCAAACAGAGACACGUAACCCACACGCACACUGUACACUCUCUGGAUUCUCAUUAGCGUUAGGGUUUCGAAUUUCAAUGCCAAAUUUCCCCUACGAAUUCUAACAAGGGUUAGGGUUUCAAGUUUCAAGUUUCAAGUUUCAAUUUCAAUCCCAAAUUUGCACAAAUGCGACCCAAUUGUUGCCACAUUUCCUUCGCUUUCGUGCUCAAAUUCCUCAACUUUCUUCAAGCUUUCAUUGGGGUUUCGAUCAUAGUCUACUCCUUAUGGAUGCUCAACCAGUGGAACCACCACGUUCCCAUAUCUCCACCAACACCACCUUCAGCUCCAUCCCCAGCUUCUUCUCUGUCCCUUUUCUGGAGUUCUGAGCCAGCUAGGGUUUCCAACCACAUCACAACCGUCGAUCUCGCGGCCGAUAUGGUCUCCGGGUUCGAUAGCGGGUUUGGGUUAGAGCUCGAUUUGAAUUCGUUCCAGCUUCCCGCUCCUUGGUUCAUCUACUCUUUCUUGGGAGUGGGCAUUCUCUUGUGUUGCAUUACUUUGAUAGGUUGCAUCGCUGCUGAAGUAAUUCAUGGCUGCUGUCUGUGUUUUUAUACUAUCCUCAUAACUGUACUCAUACUACUAGAAGCGGCUCUGGUGGCAUUCAUUGCAAUUGAUCGUAAUUGGGAACAGGAUCUUCCAUUUGAUCCAACUGGUGAACUUGAGAGCCUUCGGUCUUUCAUUGAAGUCAAUAUUGAUAUCUGUAAAUGGGUUGGUAUUGCUGUGGUUGUGAUUCAGGCAUUAUCUCUACUGCUAUCGAUAAUUCUGCGAGCCAUGGUUUCUACUCGGAGAACAGACUUUGACUGUGAAGAUGACUAUGAUGGUAGGAGUAGAGCUUGGGAGCCACUGAUAAAUUCACAACCAAGCCAACCAUCUGGGUCAAACAAGGGUGAUGGGAGAGGGACUCAUUCUGACAUCUGGAGCUCACGGAUAAGGGAGAAGUAUGGACUGAGCACAAAUCCGAAUGCAUCAGUGAGCACAAACUCAAGGCAGUGAAGAUCAGAGAAUGUUUUCCAUCUCACAUGGCAGAAAAAGACAGGCAGUAUGCUCUGCUCUAAGUUGAUACCUGAGUGUAUAUCAUUGCUUUGUAGAUUUUUCAUUCUUUGCCUUUUAAAGAAGUUUGUGAUGUAUAUAGUCAUUUAAAGGAACUUAUCAAAAAAAAAGUCAUUUAAAGGUUUUGUGCUUGCUAACUUGCUAUUGUUGUCUGAGGGAAAGUCCUGAUGACGUGCAUUGUUUUCUUUGUAAAACAAGAAAGGUUGUUGUUAUGUGUUUUCAUUGUCUUUAAACUAGUUUGUGACUGGUUCUAA